CGCUCGCGCGCGAGCCCCGUCGGCGCUCGCUCGUCUCCCGUCGCGCGUCGCACCGCGCGCGUCGUCCGCCCGCGCGUCGGCGUCGCGUCGGGUCCCUCCCUCCCCGCUCCGCGCGGUCCCGCCAGAUCUCAUCGUCGUCGUCAGCUAACAAAACAGAACGACGAUCUGAUCCGGCGAUGUCGUCCGAGGAUGAGAAGAUCGCCGCGUUCUGCGCGGUGACCGGCUGCGCGGACGCCGCGAAGGCCGCGUUCCACCUGGAAUCGUGCGGCGGCGACGUCGACGCCGCGGUCGGCGCGUUCUACGAAGCCGGCGACGAGCCCGCGUCCGCGCCCGCGCCCGCGCCCGCGGCGGCGGCGCCGACGCCCGCGACCGUCGCGUCCGCGUCCGCGUCCGCGCCCGCGGCGAGACGCGCGCGAUCGAGCGGCGCGCCCUCCAACGUCCGAGGCUUCGGCGACGUCGGCGGCGGCGGCGGCGACGACGACGACGACGGCGAGAAACCGCAGGAGUGGUACACCGGCGGCGCGCAGAGCGGGUCGGUCGUGCAAGACCCGAAGAAGCCGCAGUCGAGGGAGGACAAGCUCAGGGCGAUGCUCGACGGCGCGCGCGCGGCGGGCGCGGUCGACGGCCGAGAGGAGGACCUGGCGCGCGGCGGACCCGGCGGCGACGGAAAGAAGAGCGUCCGCGGCGGCGCGUUCACGGGCGCGUCUCGAUCGCUCAACUCGGACGCCCCGAGCGAUGGGGGCCCCGUCGCGGGCGCGGCGGCGACGCCCGAGCCGAUGACGGGCGCGCCGGCGCCGCAGGUGCACACGAUCACGUUCUGGGCCAACGGAUUCACCGUCGACGACGGGCCUCUGCGAAACUACGACGACCCCGCGAACACGGCGUUCAUGCAAGCCGUCGGAAGAGGCGAGUGCCCCCGGGAGCUCGAGCCCACGGAUCGCGCGACGCCGAUCAACAUCAACCUCGUGAAGAAGGAGACGGACUACGAGCCGCCGCCGGAGCCGAAGUACGUCGCGUUUUCGGGGUCGGGGAGGACGUUGGGGGGGUCGUCGUCGUCCGCGGCGGCGCCGCCGCCGCCGCCGCCGCAGCCGGCGUCGGAGAUCGCCCCGAGCGAGUGGUCCAUCGACGAGUCCGCGCCGUCGACGUCGAUCCAGCUCCGUCUCCGCGACGGCAGCCGCAAGGUGGCGAGGUUUAACCUAUCGCACACGGUGUCGGACAUACGGGCGUACAUCGCGGCGGCGGCGCCGGCGUGCGCGAGCGGCGAGUACACGUUACAACUCGCGGGGUUCCCUCCGAAGCGGUUGACGGACGGCGCGAUGAAGAUCGGCGACGGCGGGCUCGCGUCCUCGGUCGUGAUUCAGCGGUGAGAAGGGGCCCGCGGCGGCGCGACAGAAGACAGACAGACAGACGCGGAAGGGGGACCGGAGCGCUACGACGGGAGGGACCCGAGAGAGAACUGAAUGAUAAACGCGAACGACGCGAAACGAGACGCUUGUAAUCUGAACGUCACUCGUCACU